GGGUGUCGGGUCGGUACCCCAGCCGCCGUGGGCUCUACUCUUUGUGGGCUCCGCGCCUUGGGGCGGGCAGGCCUGCGCUGGGCACGGCGCCCCAGUCCGUGACGGCGUUGGGAGAGCCCCUCCGCCUGCCCGCCUGCAGGGGCUGUGGAGGCCUGGAGCUGCGGGACAGAGUUGCAGGGCCGGUCCUUGCCCCAGGGAGGCUCUCCCCUGAAUCCCGGUUGUCUUAGGGCCGCGGAGGAGCACUGGGCACCGAGGUCGCUGGUGGUGUGGUCGUCACUGUGGGUGUGGGUCCGCGUGGGGACUGGGUCCCAGAGCCCGGUCCCGAGGAGACGGGCGGCGGAGCGGAGCCAGCGGGCCCGGGCCCGGCUCGUGAGGGGUCUGAGAGCGCGCCCGAAGGCGGGGAACCGCCCCGCCCGGGCGUCCGGCUUUGGCUGCCCUGCUCUGGUCCCCGCGGGUGGGCUGGACGUCUCCGCGCGCAGUGGGAAUGCCCGGUGUCACCCAGCUUGCUCUCUGCUCCCUGAACCGAAGGGCUGAGGCCACAGGACAGAGAUUUGGACCUAAUGAAAGGACGUCGCCCCUUAGCCCCAGCUAUGGACUCCACUGCAUCAGGUUUGGCUCUCGAGGGUGCAGAGGGCCAGAAGCCCUUCUGGGGAGUUAGUAGCGGGCCGAGGCGCAGGACGACCCGAGGGAGAGGCCGGGGAAUCCACUGAUGGGGCAGAGGCUGCAGCCGCCUUCCCUGUGGUAUUUCCUGAUUUUUCAGGGCCAGGAGCAUGAAGUCCCAGUGUCCAGACACUGUGGUAGAGGCCAGUCUUCCAUGGCCACGGAAGACUUUCCAAAGGCCAGAGAGCAGGGAGGGUGGGAGAGGAGGCUUGAGGGAGUGGCCCUUGGCCAGAGAUCAGAUAGCAGCGGGGCCAUUUAGAGCCUCGCCAUCAUUUCCUUUAUUGCUUCAAUAAGUAGUGAGAUUCCUCUAGUUCUGCUAGCUCAGGUGCGUAGGAGAUUAGCAGUGUACAUGGGGGGGUACCUCCUCUAGCCACCCUUUCAUUAGUAUUAGGGACCGGGCAAACCAGGUGACCCAGGAGGUUUUAAGCCAUUCCUUUGUAAAUUUAGAAUCUCCUGUCCUUCCUCAAAUGGGCAUUUUAAUUUGAUUUUUCAUUCUUCACACAGUGUCAAGGUCGCAAGACUGGCCAAAAGAACUGGGCCACAUCUUAGAGACUACCACUCCUCAUGUAUUCCUUUAUGCUCUGUGUUCUGUAGACCAUCAGCACAGGAAUCAUCUCGAAACUCUUUAAAGAUGAGGACUUUCAGGCCGUACCCUACAUCCACUGAAUGAGAGUCUGUUUAACAAGAUCCUCAGGAAUCUGUACACACAUUAAAGUUUGAGAAGUGCUGACCUAUAUUAUACUAUGUUGCCUGCCACUUCCAUGCUUCUGUUUUUGUUAGCUAUAAUCACUACUCUGGUAUGGCUGGGGUUAGUUGUUUGUAUUCAGGCUUUAAAAAUAGUAUGAAACAAAACUCUAUCAUAGAGGGACUUGCAAAGUGUGCUUGCAGAGACCUACUGGUGCUUGGGAACUCAGGAAGAAUUGACCUUUGACCUGGGAUCCCAAGGAUAAGGGGAAAGUUCUCCCUUCUCAGGACCCUGCUCUUCCUCCAGAGAGAUACCCAGGAGAAAAGGGAACAACCAGUUUAUUCCUGAAAGCCAGGCCCCAGGACCUGAUGACAUUCGAGGAUGUAGCUGUGGAAUUCACCCAGUGGGAAUGGGGGCAGCUGGACCCUGCUCAGAAGGACCUGUACAGUGAAGUGAUGCUGGAGAACUUCAAGAACCUGGCCUCUCUGGGGCUUCCAGUGUCUAAACCAUAUGUGAUCUCCCAGUUGGAGGAAGGGAAAGAGCCCUGUGUGUUAGAGGGAGAAAUCUCAACAGACUGGGAGAAAAAGCCUAAAGUCAAGGAAUCAGUACUAAAUCAGGGAAUUUCCAAAGAAGAUUUACUCCAGACAGCACCAGUGGAAAAACAUAUCAGAGAUGAACUCUGCUUCUGCCAACUGAAAGCAACCCGUGGUCAUGAUGACCAAUUAGAGAUACAUCCAAAAGACCAGGAGACCCAUCUGAAAGAAAUAUCAAUCACUCACAAAUCUACUGCCCUAAGGACUGAUCAUGAAUGGAGUGAACUUGGGAGAAGUUUAGGCUUAAGAUCAGUCUUUGCUAAUCAACACAGUGUUCUUAUAGGAGAAGGAUCCUAUACAUGUGAUACAGAAUUCAGACAGACUUCAGGGAGAAAUAACUCCCCAAGAACCCAUCCAGGGAAGAAACCUUGUAAAUGUAAUGAAUGUGGGAAGUCUUUCCAUUUCCAAUCAGAACUUAGGCGCCAUCAGAGAUGUCACACUGGAGAAAAGCCCUAUGAAUGCAGUGAAUGUGGAAGAGCCUUUGGUCAUAUUUCAUCCCUUAUUAAACAUCAGAGAACUCAUACUGGAGAAAAGCCCUAUGAAUGCAGUGAAUGUGGGAGAGCCUUCAGCCAGAGUUCAUCUCUUGUUCUACAUUAUAGAUUUCAUACUGGAGAGAAACCUUACAAAUGUAAUGAGUGUGGGAGAGCCUUUGGUCAUACUUCAUCCCUUAUUAAACAUCAGAGAACUCAUACUGGAGAAAAGCCCUAUGAAUGCAGGGAAUGUGGGCGAACGUUCAGCCAGAGCUCAUCUCUCAUCGUACAUUAUAGAUUUCAUACUGGAGAGAAACCUUACCAAUGUAAUAAAUGUGGGAGAGCCUUCAGCCAGAGUUCAUCUCUCACUCAACAUUAUAGAUUUCAUACUGGAGAGAAACCCUACAAAUGUAAUGAAUGUGGGAGAGCCUUUGCUCAUACUGCAUCUCUUAUUAAACAUCAGAAAAGUCAUGCUGGAAAAAAAGCCAUGUAAAUUCAGUGAAUGUAGGAAGCUGGAGUGCACACAUUACUCACAUGACACACACUGGAGGGAGAUCUUGUAUGUGUGAUGUAUGUGGGAAGACUUUUGGUUGAAAAACAUGUCUUAUUCAACAUCAGACAGUACAUGCUAAAGAGAAGCUCUAUUGAUGUCAAGAGAGAAGGUGGGCUUUCAGAGAAGCUAUAUUGGUGAGAAAUCAAGUAGAUGUGACUGAUUUGGAAAGGCUUUUGUCAGGGGACACACAUUAUUCAACAUAAGACAGUUUCUACUGGCAAGAGAAACCUUAUCAAUGCAAUGAGUAUGACAUAGCCUUCAGUCACAUAUUAUUCAGUAAGUAAAUAUGUAACUCAAACUGGAGAGAGACUGCAGGUGUGAUAAAAGCCAUCUGUGAUAGUUCUUUAAGCACCAAGUACACAUACAAAAGAGAAGCCCUUUGAAAGCAAUAAGUGUGGGAAGGCCUUCUAGUAGAGCUCAUCUCUUAGUAAACAUCAGACAAUUUAUUCUUGAGAAAAACACUAUGGAAAUGAUGAAUGUGGGAGAGACUUCAGCCAAAUCUCUUUCCUUUAUAAAUAUCAGUGAACUCACCCUACUAGAAACCCUGGGAAUGUAUUGCAUGUGGAAAAGCCUUUGGCAUAUGUUCCAUUCACUCUGCACAUCAGAGAAUGUGCACUAGAGUGACUUUCUGAACUUGGUGAAACUGGGAAAACCCACUAGUAUAGUUCAGGCUUCAGCAUACACUAAGACUUUCCAAAGAGAAACCCUGGGAACUUAACAAAUGUGGGGGAAGUUCCUUUCAGACUUGAGAUUCAUAAAACAAGAGCUGAAAGGAAUCUGAGAAAUCAACUAAUUUGGUGAUUUUCUACCUGGUGGAGGCUCUCUAUAACUGCACUGUGCUUCACCUCCCCAUCCUGUUACUGAUGGGAGCAGAGGUGUUAUUGUGUGGGUGAAGAGAAUGGAGGCUGAACAAGAUGGAGAGCCACCAGUGAUGUAGCUCCACCCUAUUUUAGGGCUAAGAAAACAUCUGAAAAUACCAUGCACUGGGCUGGGCCUCUUUCCUUCUGGUUCACAGCUGUGGUUUUGAGAUUGAGAGACUUAAGGUCUUCUGUACAAAACCUCAUGCACUAAAUGUUACCUCUAAGAGGCAACGGAGUGGUAUUUUUAAAGUUGACCAAAAAACAAUUUUUAUUAAAUCUUUAUGCUGUGAGAUUUGGAAUUUUUGAAAUAAAAUGAAAUCUUUUUAAACAUUAAAAUAUAUGUAAAAAAAUAAAAACUUCAAAAACAUUAUUCUUAGUUCAAGCCAGACACCAUGUAUUGCAUAGUUCCAUUUAUAGGAAAUGUCCUGAAAUGGCAAAAUCCUCAGAGGCAAAAUAGAUUAGUGGUUGCCUGGUGCUGGGAGAAGCAACUGGGAGUAAAUGCAGAUGUUACAGAGAAUCUUACUGGGGUAAUGCAAAUGUCCUAAAACUGGUUUAUGGUGAUGGUUGAACAAAAUCAUUGAAUUGUGCACACAAAAUGGGUAAAAUUUAUGGUAUGUAAAUAACACCUCAGUAAAAUUGUUUUCAUAAAAUAUCAAAUACACAGAUACACCAACUAUUGCUAAACUACUUUUCCUAUCUUGUCUGUUACUUUAAGCCAUCUGUGUGUAUUUUCUGUAGUAGUUAACCCUAAGCUUACUGGGUCUCAAGUUCAUAUCAUGUUGCAUCUGAAAUUUAUGAGGAGAAGCCAAGAGUAGGAGCUAGCAUAGAGCAGAAGAGUCUUGACUAAAAAUAUUAGUUUAUACUAAAGACAGUCCCUCAAGCAUUUUAAAUCCAUAUGAGGAAGCUGAGCCUAGACUUCAGGGAAUUGGUUCAAAGUGAUCCAUGAAGACAGGGAGAAUCUAGGGGCCCCACAAGUUGGGUAAUGCAGAGGGGUGCAGGCAGAUAGGAUAAACAGGAGGCAUCUGGACAGCUGAAAUCAAAAUGCCAGUCUGGGAACCUAGAAAUCAUGGGAAUUUCUUCCCAGAAAGCCAAGGUGUACAGGAGAGAAAUAGCAAAUGUAAUUACAUUAGUAACAGCUUAGUUGACUUACCUUUUCUCCCAGUGCCCUUUUCUAAUCCCAACUUAAGUCACUUUAUAUACCCGGAUACCUGAAACUUUGUAACUGGUCUUUGCUUAACAUCUGUCCCUCUUGUUAUCUUUUUUUUUUUUUUUUUUUUUAGAUUUUAUUUAUUCAUGAGAGACAGGCAGAGGGAGAUGCAGGAAGCCUGAUGCGGGACUUGAUCUCGGGACUCUGGGAUCACGCCCUGAGCCAAAGGCAGACACUCAACCGCUGAGCCACCCAGGUGUCCCCCCUCUUGUUAUCUUUGCGGUGGUAACUAUUCUUAUCAGUGUGCACUGACUUCCCCAUCUGAAAGUCUUUGUACUGCCCACAAGAUAAAUUCCCACUCCUCACUUGGGUAUUUAAUGCCCUCUUCACUCUGCCUUAACCUCCUGUUGCUCCUGACAAGAACCUCUAUUACAGAUGAACUUGCUUGCCAUACCUCAAACAUGCCUUCACAGUCCCCUGCCUGUUCCACCAGCCUGGAAUGCCCUCUCCACUUCUCUAAAGCCUAAUAGGCAGUCAGAACCCUGUUCAAACACCCUCUCAUCAGGGAAGAAUUCUCAUUUUUUUUCUUUAAAUAUUUUCUUUACCUAAGAGAGAACGCGAGUCAGGGGAGGGGCUGAGGGAGAGGGACAAGUAGACUUGAGACAAGCAGACUCCGUGCUGAGCACAGAAGCAGAUGUGGGGCUUGAUCCCACAACCCUGGGAUCAUGACCUCAGCUGAGGGCAGACGCUGAACUGACUGAACCACCCAGAUGCCCAGGGAAGAAUUCUCUUGAACACUACUGUGAAGUCAUUAUCUUACUGACUUGCAAUUGUAAAAGCACUUAUGUUUGCUUAAAGUUUUUAAAAAUGAAAGAUGUCUUGGGAUAGUUUUUAUUACUGUCUUGAUCUAUUUGAAUCAUUUAUCAGCUUGCCACUUUCUUGUCUCCUGAAACUUUAGCUGCUUCAGAUAAUUUCUCAUACUUCCUCUCAAAUGAGCACACAGUAGGUGCUUACUAACCAUGUAUUAAGUUGAAAAAUAUUGUAUUGCCUACAUUUACUCACUGCUUCUGACUGAAUUCACACUUUAAGAUUUAUUUAUUUAUUCACCAGAGACACACAGAGAGAGGCAGGCUCCAUGCAGGGAGACGGCAUGGGACUCAAUCCCAGGUCUCCAGGAUCACACCCUGGGCUGAAGGCAGUGCUAAACCGCUGAGCCACCUGGGGUACCCUGAAUUCACACUUUAAAACAAAAUAUCUUACUGUACAGAUAUAUCACAUUUAAAAAAUAUUAUUUAAGUAAUCUCUACACCCGACAUGGAGCUUGAAUUCAU